AUGUCGGCCCGAGGGCGAACGCCGCCCCGCGCCGCGGCGCCGCCGCCCGCGCCGCGCAGGCCCCGCGCAAGCGGCGCCCAGGCGGCCUCCCUGGGCGCGGCGAGCCAGCAGGCGCUCCUGGCCCCCGCGGAGUCCGGCCUUGCCCGCGGCAGCCUGGCGCAGGGCGCGGCCAGCCGCGCGGGCCGCCGCGAGCAGCGCGGGGGUUGCCGCGAGCGCGGCCCCAGCGAGGGUGAGCGGGUCGCCCGCGAGGAGCCCCGGGUCGGCUGCCGCGGGGGCGCGGGGCUCCUGGUGUCGUGCGCCGCGCUGGCGGCGGUCGGGGCCUCGGCGUCCUGGGCCCGCGCGGGCGCUCACCGCGCGGCGGUUCGGGGGGCCGUGCUGGACCGCGUGUCGGCGGUGGCGGAGGGCCCGAACGCCUCGGCCGUGUACGUGGAGCUUGUCGCGUCCGUGUUCUGCGCGCGCGCCGAGGCCUGGGCGGAGGUCAAUUGGGGCCAGGUGGACUGCGCGAAUACGGCCGUCUACCUUUAUGCGGGGUGCACCCCGCACCAUUUCGAGCGGCAGACCGCGGGCCUCAACGGCAGCUGGCUGUCCGAGCUGCCCCCUUGCGUGCACCUGGAGUUCCUGCAGCUCGAAGUGGUUCAGGCCAUGGCCUCGCCGCAGCUCCAGGCGACGGCGCAGGCUGGCGUGACGUACCUCUGGCAUCUGAAGGCCGCGUUUGGGCUCGCCAAGACGGAGGCCCCGCCAGGGGCCCUGGUCUUCCUGCCGGGGAUGCCGACGUGGGCCGACGGUCCGCUGGACGCGGUGGAGUACGCGCGGCGAUGGGCUGCGGCUGGGGUGGGUUUCGCGCCGCUGAGCUUCGCCUCUUGCGAGGCCCUCGGCCUUGACGGGAGGUACAGCGAGCAGCGCAGGGACCUGGCACACAAGCUGUUCGGCUUCCUGACUGGCAGCAAGGGCGCCGUCAACUGGGUGGCUGGGUUCGAGAACCAGUUCUUCGUCUCCUUCCGCAGGGCAAGCGGGGUGCCUGCCUGGCUCUACGACUACCUCCUGGAGCUCCUGUCCAACGAUGGCGGGAGGCUGGCGGAGGCGAUGGAGCGCCUCUGGGGGCCCCUCUUCGGUUGCUGGGCGCCGUUCCCGUACUCGCUGGAGGACUUGCGGGGUGCCUUUCCGGCCUGCAGGGACGGCUGCGGCGACGGCUUCGACAGCGGGGGCGCCAGAGGGCUGCCGGGAUGCGGGCCCAACCAGGUCGCCGCGCAGCGUGCAGCGUCUCCGCCACAGGGGAAGCGCGAGUGGGUGCAGGCCAUGACGGCGCCCAGCGCCCGGGCGCUGCCCGCGUGCACUUCGGGCGUGCGCCUCGUCAGCGAGGGCUACCUCGCGCGGGGGGAGGCGGCGGGCUGGCGCUGCGAGGCGCUGUUCCGGGAGCCGGGAGCGCCCGGCGGCCGGGGCGUGUGCGCCAUCGAGAGCCUGGCGAACCUGUCGGAGGAGGCCGGCGGCGGCGGCGGCGGCCUGCCAGGCGCGCAGGAGAACGCGGGAGGCGAUGCCGACCUGGACGGCGACUUGGUGCCAUACUUUGCGAGAGUCCGCUCGGUGGAGGCGUGUCCAGAGCAGCCAGACAGCCAGCUGGGCCUGUCGGCAAUCAGCGGGAGCCUGCGCACGUGCGGGACGGCGUGCCUGAUGUACGGCGAGUGCCUCGGCUUCUCGUGGCGGGAGUCCGCCCUGAGCUGCACCCUCCUCAGGGGCGCCUGCGAGCGAAGCGGGAACGGGGCCGCGCAGCUCUACUCGAAGAGGAGCGCGACCCCCGCGCCGAUCGAGGUGGUGCUGUCGGGCUACUGCGACGACGACUUCACCUGGGUCAGGGAGGUCGACUGCGCAGCCGCCGUCGUCUUCCUGUACACCAAGUGCGACCGCGAGGACCCCCUGCAGAACAUCCCGCCGGGGUUACCGCUCUGCGUCCGGGUCGAGCUCCUCUCGAACAUCGGCAGGGAGGGCGGCACGUUCCUCCACCACCUCCACGCCCACCAGGAGCGGUUCCGCUCGCCGAGUGCCUCUGGUGCCCUGGUGCUCCUGCAGGGCGAAGUGGAGUGGCACGCGGGCCAGCUGGACGUGCUGGAGUACGCGAGCCAGUGGGCGUCGGCCGGCUUCGGCUUUGCUCCCCUCUCGUUCGCCGGUUGCUCGGACAGGGGUCCCUUCGUCUACGGAGGGUGCGGCUGGGACUGCCACCAUAAAGCGUGCGAUGCAGACUCAGAACAUGUUCAGCUUCCUGACGCGGCAAAACCAGUCGAGAAGCUCGUGGAUCACCGGCUUCAGGGGGCAGAUGCUGGUGUCCAAGCAGCGGGCGGCCCGCGUGCCGCCCUGGCUGCUGCGGUACAACCUGGAGCUGCUGGGCUCCGAGCAGACCGGCAAGUCGAUGUACGGCCACGCCCUGGAGCGGCUGUGGAGCGUGCUCUUCGGCUGCUGGGCGCCCGCGGAGGGCAGCACCACCCUGGCGAGCUUCCCCGCGUGCUUGGACGGCUGCGACGCCGCCGCGGGGUGCGGCCCCAACCAGCCGGUGCCGUGGGAGGGGCUGCCGGCCCCCUUGGGCGCGCGGGAGUGGAUCGACGCGAUGCUGGCUCCGGCGAACAUGUCGCUACCGCUCACCCCGCCGCCGUGCACGACGACGUCCCUCCAAAGCGAGGGCUACAAGCCGAGGUGGGCCCUACCAGGCUUCAGGUGUGGGCCGCUGUUUCCCGGCUGGAACAUCAGCGAGGGGCACGGCGUUUGCGCUCGCCACUGGUAGAGCUGGCGGGCGCCCCGCUGCCUCAGUGUGUGGUGGGGGCCCAAAGCCGCGGCUUCGAAGACAAGAAGCGCUUCAGGGGGUCCGCGCCCUCGCGAGCUCUCCUCGGCGUCACCCCUAACACACUGCAGUUCCAGGUCUGCGUCGCCCCCCCCAUAAGGCGCGCGCGCGCGCCGAGAAGUCCUGCAGUAGAAGCGCCGUGGCGGGCGCCGUCUGGCUAGACCGCUCGGGAGGCCACAGGAGCACCGCAUGUUGACUGCAGGGCGUCCUGCUGCAGUGCUCGGGCCGGCCGCGCGCCUCCAAGGAGGACAGACAGUACUAGCAUGUCCUCGUGCGUCCCAUCCCCGCGCAGUGCUCUCUUCUGCUGGCUCG